UGCUGUGAACACGAUGCGAAUGAUCCGAUCAUAUCUUCGUUCAUUCGUAUGAGAGAAGAGUUUUCACUUCGAAUCGUUACUAACAUAUGUGAAGAAAUAUUCUACCAACAAUUAUUUUGGAAAAUCAUAAUCGUACGAAUUAUCAAAGAAAAAUACAAAUGUCAGAAACUCGUAAAUCGGUUGCUCGAGUUCGUCAGCUCUCUUUACAAUCGCCUAUAUCGCGGCGAUGGCAAAUAAGACGACAAAAAACGUCGGACGAUGAGAAAUCGCCAAAGAUUCAUGGCGAUCCUAUUGGAUCUGGAAGAAAUCGUGCUAAUUCGAGAUCAGGAUCUUUAAGACCAAAGGUGCGUAUAGCUUGGGGCGAACGACAUCGCGAAAAUGACAGCAUUGAUCAUGUCGAAGUCGUUGCACGACAAAUUACCGGUAAGUCGAAGUCAGCCUUGAAGAAAUCUCAAACCAGGAAUAUGAUUGUAAAUGAAGAGAAGGCAUCAAUACUUUACUCGAGGCAAGAGUUAACGGAAAGACUAAGACUUGCAUGGAAACAUCGCGAAGAAAAUAAAGCCAAUAUCGAUAUAUUUUUGGCGCAUGGUGUCGUCGAAGAACGAUGCGAUUCUGAAUCAUCAAAUUAUACUACUAUUUCGGAACCGCAGACACCUAUCUCCAAAAGCGAAAUUCUUCAAUCAACGAAAGAUAGACAUCUUAUCACCGAUUUCAAUAAUUCGGAUAUUUCUCGCAGCGAUAAUACAUAUGAAAUUCAAAUAACGAAGCAUACGGAUUCUCUUGGGGGUAGAACGGAUUUGAACAAGGACAUCGAAGAAACAAAAAGACCAAAAAAAACGAAAGCGAUCGAGGACAAUUUUAAAGUUGUUAAAGCUUCUUCGGUGAAGCUUCAAAAUGAUGUUUGUUAUUCUGGGCCGAUCGAGAGGAUAAAGUAUGUAGAAAACAACACUAACAAGACACUAGAAGAAACAAUCGAGGUUUCAGCUGAUCAAUCCAUUGAAAACGAAAAAAAAGUGUGCAUCGAGAAGGAAGAUAAUAUAAAAUUACCAACAUUAAAAUCCGAAAUUACCACAUUAAAUGUUUUAAAAACACAAAACGAAGCAGCCUCGGCGAAACAAAAACGUGCCAAUUUUCAAAGCGGUACAAAAAGAGCAUUUCUAUACACAGAAAUUGAUAAGACUGCUGUCUCGAGAAUAUCGAACGAUACCGAUACUCCAUCGAGAUUAAAUUCGAUCGAAAGAAGCUCUUCGUGUAAAAGAACAAUGGAAAUCAAGCAGAAUGAAACUAAGAAUGGGCUACAAAAUGCGAUGAAAAGUGUAAACGAUCAAAAGCCUAAUCGAAAGUCAAGAAGUAGCUCUGCACCGUUACAAGGCCGAAGUUCAUCUCGUAUUCAAGUAAAUAUCGUCAUAGAUACCUUUGAUGCUGAAACAGUUCAAAAAAAUUCAAACCAAAUUAAUGAGAAAGGAAAAGUUAACGAGGAAGAAGUUGUUACCGAUAAAAAAAAAGAAAUUCUAUCAAAGCCGUCCUAUGCUCGAUCAAUAAGAUCAGCUCCGAUAAAAAAACGUUUCAAAAAUAUAAAGAAGCGUCAACACAGCGUAGGAUCUGCUUGCAAAGAUGAACAAUGUAAUGGUUCACGAGGUCGAUGUAGAAUAUCUACGAAAGAUUGCGAUGGGAAAUCAAACGAUGUCAUUACCAUGGUUUCCUUAGUUAGUUCGACCGAAAGCGAUAGUGAUCUCGAAAAUUCCCCGAACGAGGCUAAAUUGAUCAGUCAGUUACGAGAAAAAUUAACUACAGCGCCAAUCAUAAAAACUUCGACAACGCCGAUUCCAGGAAAUAUCAAGAAACCUGUGAAAUCAGUUUCUUUUCAAAGAGAUUCCUUCGAUGAGGAUACCAUCUUGGAAAAAACGCAGUUUGAUUGUGUGAAAACAAAAAAUAGCCUCUCUCAAAAUCGUUUCAUCGUGAUAAAAGAUUCCGAAGAUCUUGAAGAAUACGGAACGAGUAAGGAAUCGAUUCUUUGGAAAUCGAACGAAAUCAAAACGGCUUUACCAAUGCUAUCGUUUGUCCAAGAUGAAAGCGAGUCUUUAUGCGUUCCUUUGAUGGAGCAUGACAUGCGAAGUCUAGCCGUACCAAUCGGAAAUGUGGAUGAUAUGAAAAAGAAGUCACAUAGAAUACGCAAUACUUCAACGAUAACUGUCCUUGAUAAAAAAACAACGAUGAUAGAGAUGAAAAAGAACAAUGAAGCAAUAGCAACGGACGAUCAGGUAGUUGCUCGUCGAACAACUAUGACUGCAAAAUUUUUACUUCCAAAAGUCAAUUCGAACACGGAAAUUUCUUUGAAAGAAAAGAACACAGAUACAAUACCGAUAGAAAUGGAGCCUCGAUUUCAAACGCGUAAAGAGAAGGAUUGUUGGCAUCUCUACAAACGAAUGUGUGACAAAGGAGUCAACGUUUCUUUCGACACAGUUUUAAGAGGAAUGCUCACACCCACGGAAUAUCGAUUACGUCAGAAAGAAUAUUCGCAGAAUUUUUAAAAACCGUUUCUUAACAUUUGUUAUUUCCAUCUGUGAAUAUCUUUUUAGCCUGUGUCAGUAUUGUGAUAAUUAUUGUGUAUCGAUUGUCUCGUUAUAUAAGAAGAGCACGAAAACCUAUCUCUGUCAUAAAAAAUUUAUAGCAAAUGAUACAAAUGUUGUGUAAUUGUUAGAAUUUUUGUCUGUAUA